AUGACUACCCCAACGCUGAUCAAUUUGCCUCCUCCCCCAUCGGAACCCGUCACUCCAUCGGAUAUGGGACCAGGCACCCCCAACUCCGGCACUACAUCGCUCUCUGCUCUCUCGACAACAGCCAUCAAAGACGGCCACCAGGGCCAAGCAUUCCCCUACAGCCACCGUGCGCAUCAGUCCUCCACAUCCUCCACCACAACCCUAGAGGCCGAGCGCGCAGAUCGAAUCUCUCGGCUAGCGGGUCUUGAGCGCGUUGCCACAGCCCGCGCUGGUGGUCAGACAUCUGGCCAAGUGCUUCCACCGUAUUCUCCAGGAUACUUUGAGAGUCAAGUAUUGAAGGAGCGCAGCACAGUUGGCAGCGCCAGUGCGACGGGCAGCAUUGCUGGACGCACCACCUGGGCGAGCAGUAGCGACACAUGCGACGCCGACAAAAUGAGCGAGGAUCACGAGGACGAUGGCACCUCCAGUGUCGGUAACGUCAGUGACGAGGGUAAUGCUAGUCUAGUUGGUUUCGGAGAGGGCGCCAACAGUACUUGCAGCGGACCAAUUUCUCGUCCUCCUGGAAUUCACCGUAUCUCCUCCGGAGGCAUCGGUGCACGGCCUACUUCUACGGGUAGCUCGAAUGUCAACCGCCCGAACCCGUUGGCUUCAUAUCUUCAACAACAGCAGCAUCAUGCCGGAGAGAGCUCUAUGAUCUUUUCGUCGCUCGCCGGAUCGAUGACCCCCGAGCCUAUGAAUGAGGAUGCUCGCAUGGUUGAUGGCAUGACCUUUGACUCGGAUGUUGUUGAUACAACUGCUAGAACUCCACGACUGGUCUUCACGCCCGGUCACAGCAGCAGUGGAUUUGGCUCGCCAGCUCGGGAUUAG